AAUUACAGUUGUUUGAACAGGCUGCAUUUGUGCACACUCGAGCCCUGCAGCAAGGAGGAAUCACAUAAAAGAUUGCCAUUAUAUAAUGUUGUCAUAUAUCUGCGGGCUCAUACAACAGUGGAACCAGCCAGGCCAGACACUGGCUCUGUGUACAGGACAGGAGGAGAGAAAAAAGAGAGAGGAGGAGGAGGAAGAGGGUGAAGAGGAGUAUCGGCCGGUAUCCCAAACUUUGUCUCCUGACUCGAGAGCAGGACCGUGUUUGACAGCAAGGGAGGAGGGAGAGAAGACAAGACAUGACCAAAACAGCCAGCACAUCUCCACUCAUCCGACCAGGUCACCACUCCUUUAAGUCCCAGUCCCAUCCUCCAUCCUCCACUCCGUCCACCUCUGAGGGGAAGACAUUGCUAGGAAGCAGCUCCAAGGACCCUCUUCCUCAGUGUUGACAGCCAUCACCAUCUGCAGCAAGAACAGGUGUGCCAGUGACCAGUGACGAGUGAUCAGACAUGGGGGACUGGAGUCUUCUGGGGAACUUCCUGGAGGAAGUUCAGGAACAUUCCACGUCGGUGGGGAAGGUGUGGCUCACCGUCCUCUUCAUCUUCAGGAUCCUGGUGCUGGGCACAGCCGCUGAGUCCUCAUGGGGAGACGAACAGAGUGACUUCCUGUGCGACACCCAGCAGCCUGGUUGUACCAACGUCUGUUAUGACCGGGCGUUUCCUAUCGCACACAUCCGCUACUGGGUCCUACAGAUUGUCUUCGUGUCCACACCAUCACUGAUCUACAUGGGCCACGCCAUGCACAUAGUGCGGAGGGAUGAAAAACGAAAAAGGAGGGAGCAGGAGAAGACAGAGGGGAAGGAGGAGGAGGAGGAGGAGAGGGGAGAGGGGGGGAGCGUAUCGGGUGAGAAGGUGUAUCUCCAGCAGAGGGAUUGUGGGAAGGUGCUAGAGGCAUCUGGGCGAGUUCGCCUGCGGGGGGCGCUGUUAUCCACGUACAUUCUGAGCAUCCUGAUCCGCACUGUGAUGGAGGUGAUCUUCAUCGUGGUCCAGUACAUGAUCUAUGGAGUCUUCCUCAGGGCUCUGUACCACUGCAAGGCCUGGCCCUGCCCCAACCCAGUCAACUGCUACAUGUCCAGGCCCACAGAAAAGAACGUAUUCAUAGUCUUCAUGCUGGUGGUGGCAGGUGUCUCCCUCCUCCUCUCUGUGGUCGAGCUCUACCACCUGGCCUACAGGCGGUACAGGAAGUGCAGACGCACUCGUGCCUCCCUCAAAAACACCACUCAUAAUGCUGUGGCAAUCCCCUUCACCAGGGACCCCGACAACCCGACCAGUCACAACUCCUCAGGCUGCACCCCUCCCCCUGACUUCCGCCAGUGCUUGGUGUUGUCGGGGACAAUGACCCCCUUGGCCCCUGUGAACCCCAUGAACUCCAUGCCUUCUCACCCCUUCAACAACAGAAUGGCGCACCAGCAGAACUCUGUCAACAUAGCCACCGAGCGUCACCAUUCCCAUGACGACCUGGAGGGAGAGGGAGGUUUCCUGAGGAUGAACUACACCCAGGUGCCAGGGGAGAUGCCCAGCGGGUGCUCUGCGCCACCCUUACUGCAUACCGCGUACCUGAAGGACAAACAGAGUCUCAGUAAGAUCAGCAGCACCAGCAGCCGGGUUCGACCAGACGACCUGGCCGUGUAGAACCAGACAGACGGAGAGAGAGAGACAGAGAGGGGCUUAGAAGGUGUGGAGGGAGAGGACUUUCAGACACACAGAGAGAGAAAGGCCCUGCUUAGAUGAGAGUGGAGCAGGCUGGGUCUAUAUACCCAGCCAGAGACAGAGAAGGGGAGCAGACAAGGCAGACACUGGGCCUAAAGAUGGAUGUGUUAGCAAACUCCAAGUGAAGGGCUCCAUUCAGCCCAAAUCUGGGGGAACUGUGGAAGAUUGCCUGGCCUAGGACUCCAUGAGCACUACAGGAAGAAAGACAUUGGGGUCUGUAAGCUCCCUGGGAGUGUGUUGAAUGGAUCUUGAGAACUUCUGCAUAUUGGACUAAGCUUUAAGACUGUGACCAUUGGUGCUGGAAGAACUGGUUGUUUUUGUUAGAGCAACAAGUGGCUGGCCAAGCUUGAAACAUGGACUUUCAUAACGUUGAUCAAAUAUUGACAUGGAAGCAAAAUAUAAAUAUACCUUUUAAAUCACUGUGUGGAAAAAGCCUUCAAAAAAAUAACAGAUAAUUGCAUUGUAUGUUUUUGAUGUUUUAAAGUACCUUUAAAGUCUGAGAAUAUUGUACUUUAAACUUGCACAUUCACUAUGCUAAAAACUGUCCCACUGUCUGUCCAGCUGCCCAUUAUAAUAACACAAACAUUUACAAGCUUGCAAAUGUAAGCAGGCAUGCACAAAAACACACACAUGCACACACUGCUGUCAUAGGAGGACAAAACCCUAUCCUCAGGGGUCUGACCAAACAGUAUGGCCCCGAUCCCUGGCAUCCAGUGACGGAGGCUAUUUGCAGCUGUCAUGUUGUUUGGAAAGUGAAAUUGUGACACACAUCCCUGCAAUGGAAUCCAUUGUGCAUUAUAUCACCUUCAAAUAUAGCAGGAGCAACUGUUUUCUCUGUGUUUAAUCCUGAUGGCAUACAAACAGAAACAUAGCACCAGCAUUAUCUUCCAGUCAGAAGUCAGAACAAGGGACAGCUGUGCCAAAAUAACUGAUUUCUCUCCAUUCAACAGACGCUUAGACCAAUAAUUACAGAGGGUUGUAUGCACUCAGGUACAAAUAAUGAAGAGCUAUGCAAAAGUGCCUACAAAAUGUGAAUCUGCAAAAUGUUCAAAGUCAAAGUCUUUUAGCUCCAUAUUAGGUGUGAAUAUGUCCUGAUACCAUUUUAAAGUGUGUUCAGGAGCCAUAUAGAGUAUGUAUACAAAUAAUUUACCUUCAAUCGAGACACAAGUUUGAAAAGUUGAUCAUCCUUCAGUAUAUUUCAGCGUUUCUUUUUUUGUUAACCACUAGGUGGAGAAAUUUCCCCUUGAACCUUUAAAAUACAGUGUAGUUCAUUCAUUGUGACUGUGCAACUGUUGAUUGUCACAGUAGCUAUCCACCUCUCUUCCAUAUCUUUUCAUCUUUGUUUAAAUUUGAUUUAUUUUUGUUUAACUGUGUGAGGCUGGUCAGAAAAUGACAUGUCUAGGCCUAUAGGCUAAUAGAGAAGGCAUAACCACAAUCUGUGAAGUUCUCAACUGAUUUUGCACUAGACUAGGCCUUGUGGGGUUUGGAAUAUAAAGACCCCUUUGUAAUUACAUGAAUCAUAUUUUCUUUUUCUAUAGAGAGCAACAACCAGUAAUUUACAGUAAUAGUAUUUUGGAAUGCCAACAAACGGGUGACUGGUUGACGUUUCUCCGUGCACAUUUCAAUGUCAUUGUGUUUUUGUAAAGUCUGCAAUAAAACGAAUAUGUCA